UGUCCCUGUUGGGUCCCUUCCAAUCCAAUUGCAGAGGACAUUGGAGCUGUGCAAUCUGAGUUUGACAUUAGUAUUUCUUUGAGUAAACCCAUUUCACUUUCUGUUACUACCAGUCUUGAAAGCCCUUCUACACAUCUCAUGUCCAUGAUCAAAAGUGAAGAUAAGAUUUUGGAAAGUCCAUUGGUUUCUGGUGCUAGUCAACUAACUCCUCCUCUUGAUAAAACCGAGGAAAUUGACCUAAUCCCAGAGGUUAAUCCCUCUUCAGAUCCAACACCUUCUCCAGUUAACAAAGUUGAUGAGGACUCAAUUGAAAUGAAGUUGUCGGAUGUUGUAGUGACAAAUGGGGUUGAUACAUUGUCUUUUCUAGAAUCCGAUCAGCAUUCUCCUACUGUUUCAAACGCAUCUGCAUCUGAAGACACCUGUCAGGAUUUACCUCUGCUCCCAUCAUAUGUGGAACUGACCGAAGAACAGGAAAGACGUGUGAGAAAAUUGGCAGUUGAACAAAUAAUUGAAUCAUAUGAGCAGCCAUGUGGGACUGAGUGCAGCCAGACGCGUAUGGCGUUACUUGCUCGAUUGGUUGCUCAGAUUGGCACUGAUGAUGACGUUGUUAUGAUGCUGAAAGAACAUGUUGUCAUUGAGUACCAACGCCAGAAGGGGCAUGAGCUUGUUUUGCACGUGUUGUACCAUCUGCAUACCCUCAUGAUCUUGGAUUCUGCGGAAACCUCUUCAGUCGCUGCUGUUGUGUAUGAAAAGCUGCUCUUGGCUGUGGCCAAAUCUUUGCUGGACUCUUUUCCAGCUUCAGACAAGUCCUUUAGUAGACUUUUUGGUGAAGUCCCACUUUUGCCUGGCUCUGCCUUGAAACUACUAGAUGAUCUCUGCUAUGCUGAUGUCACUGAUCAUCUCGGGAAAGAUGUACGUGAUAGUGAGCGUGUUACUCAGGGCCUUGGUGCUGUCUGGAUUUUGAUUUUGGGGCGACCGGUUAAUCGGCAUUCCUGCCUGGAUAUAGUUUUGAAGUGUGCUGUUCAUUCUCAAGAUGAGAUCCGAGCCAGAGCAAUCCGGCUGGUGGCGAACAAGCUUUAUCAGCUAAGCUACAUAUCAGAAAGUAUUGAGCAAUUUGCAAAAAAUAUGUUGUUGGCUGCUGUAGAUCAGCAUAUUUCAGAUAUAGAGCUUUCAGAGUCUGGAACUGAGCAAAGAGUCAAAGGAGAGGUUGAAAGCCAAGAAACAUCUACAAGUGGUUCUCAGGUUUCAGAGCCUGGGCCUUCUGACAAUAACUUCUCAAGGGGCAUGCAAUCAUUACUGCCCAACACUUCAACUAUGUCAUUGUCUGAAGCUCAAAGACUCAUUUCUUUGUUUUUUGCUUUAUGUACAAAGAAACCAAGUCUUCUGCAACUUGUAUUUAAUAAUUACUGCCAAGCCCCGAAAGCUGUCAAGCAGGCUUUUCAUCGUCAUAUCCCGAUUCUUAUAAGGUCCCUAGGGUCAUCUUGUUCUGAAUUGCUCCAUAUCAUAUCUGAUCCACCACAAGGAAGUGAAAAUCUUUUGACACUGGUGUUGGAAAUAUUGACUCAAGAGACAACGCCUUCUUCUGAUCUGAUAGCGACUGUUAAACAUUUAUAUGAAACUAAGCUAAAGGAUGUCACAAUUCUUAUUCCAAUGCUGUCUUCACUUUCCAAAAAUGAGGUUUUACCUAUUUUUCCUCGGCUUGUUGACCUUCCGCUAGAAAAGUUCCAGAUGGCACUUGCUCACAUACUGCAGGGUUCAGCUCAUAUGGGUCCAGCUUUGACACCUGCGGAAGUAUUGGUUGCUAUCCAUCACAUAGCUCCAGAGAAAGAUGGCCUUCCACUUAAAAAGAUAACAGAUGCUUGCUCAGCCUGUUUUGAGCAACGCACAGUUUUCACGCAACAGGUCUUGGCCAAGGCAUUGAGCCAGAUGGUCGAUCAAACUCCUCUACCUCUACUCUUCAUGAGAACAGUGAUUCAGGCAAUUGAUGCUUUUCCUACACUGGUUGAUUUUGUUAUGGAGAUUCUUUCCAAACUUGUGACUAGACAGGUGUGGAGAAUGCCUAAGCUUUGGGUUGGCUUUUUGAAAUGUGUGUCGCAAACGCAGCCACAUUCGUUUGACGUGCUGCUACAGUUACCGCCACCACAACUUGAAAGCACUCUGAACAAACACUCUAACCUUAGGGGUGCCCUUGCUGAUUAUGCAACCCAGCCGAGUAUUAGAACUUCAGUACCUAGAUCGACACUAGCGGUUCUUGGUCUCGCAAAUGAUACACACAUGCAACAACCUCGUGUGUCAUCAUUGCAUUCUACUGAAACGAGUUCUUCAGUUCAGGGAGCAACUUCAACAUGACAAGAGAAUCUGAAGUUAAGCAAACUGACGAGCAAUGUAUGGAUGGUCAGGGCCUUAGUCCCAAUCCCAAGGUUCCGGAUAUUGGUCCCAAAUUUGUUAGGGCAAACUCAAAAGUGUCAAGACAUUGGUCCCAAUCUGAAGUUCAAAGAGUGGCCGAUCACUUGGAUAUGACUGCUGACCUGUGGAACCAAGAUGAAUCUUAACCGUCGGGGUGGGAUUCUGAUUCUAUUACCAAAAGAAUCCUCCCUCCUGCAGCUACCCUGCUGAAUGUAACAUGCUUUGUGUUUUAGGAAUUAUAUUUCCAUUUUUCUUUUGUAGCUUCAUUCUUUCAAAUUUUGUUUUUGUUUUUUUAGCAUUCUGCCUGAUUUGGGUGGUUUGAGUAGAUGUUCGAUGUUGAGUAGCCGCCGAGAGUACUGUUGGAGCCGAUAUCGGCCUCCAUCCAUGUGUAAAAUAAGUUUUCAUUUUCUCCGGUUAUCACCUUCCAUAUCUUGUAUGCUACAUUUCAAUUCUCGACUUUUA